AUGGAAAAACCAUCCAAAGAAAAAGAGCCACAGGGCUCACCAGAGAACCCCGAGGAGCCACCUCCUGUGAGGCCCUCUCCCAAAAAUCAUUCUCCAGAAAAGGAAAAAGAGGAGGAGGAGGAACUGUCUUCUGAGGAGCCAUCCUCCUCUGAGGAGGAGUUCUUUCCACAGGAGCUCCUUCUUGAGAUGCUUCUUCAAGAGGCUCGCCUUCCUGAGGAGCAUCUUUCUACCAAACACCUUUUUGAGGAGCGCUCUCCCAGGGAGCAGCCUCCUUGCGGAGUGGAAAAACAUAAGCUAGAAGAAGGAAGUUUUAAGGAAAGGCUGGCUCUUUCUAGCCCUCAAUUUAGAGGGGCGAUCCAUGGCAAAAAUUUAAGCAAUGAAGAGAUGAUAAAGGUAGCCGAGGAGAUGGAAGAGAUGAUGAAGAGAGUAAAAAACAAACUGCUAAUAAUGUACUGGAAGGCAAAACCGAACCGUCCCUUACCCUGUUUAGCGCAUUCUUCCUUGAGUUCGCUUUUGCCUGAUGGUUGA